AAAAGCUCUAAAGCACGUACCCCUUGGUGCUGAAAGAACAAGUUAGAGCUCACCAUCCUUUUCCAUUCCUUCAAUCACACUCAUCAACGAUCGAUGAGGUUAAAAACAUCCUUGAAAUCCAAGGUACUCCACCCAUGCACAAAACUUUUUCGAAUCUUCAGAUUCAAGCUCAAAAAGCCCUUCUUUAUAAGACCCCGUCAUAUUCGUCCUCACUACACAAAGGUGCAAACGGUUCCCAAGAAGAACAAAAUGACUGCAUUGUUCCAGUCAGCUUUCCGUUCACUGAGGAAGCCAAAAGGAAUGGACAGACUAGCAGCGAUCAAGAGUUUCUCCGAGAAAGGUGACCACAGAGUGCUUCCUCCCUCACCAGUUACACCAGCCUAUGUGAAGGCAAUGGCUGAAAAAACAGUAAAUUCGGAUCACGAAGAAGUGCAAGAUGCAUGCAGGAGUUUUGAGAACUAUUUGGUGGAGAUGAUUGUUGAAGAAGGGAAAGUGAGGGACUUGACAGAUGUGGAAGAGCUUCUGUAUUGCUGGAAGAACCUGAAAUGCCCUGUUUUUAUUGAUUUGGUUAGUAGAUUCUACGGAGAGCUUUGCAAGGACCUGUUUUCACCUGACACUGAUGGAAGUAGUAGCUCAUAGUGAUUCCGCAAUCCAACUCCUUUUUCUAUAUGCCAAGUCAGUUCGCUGUCCACACACAGAGGCUUAAUUCUUUUUUCUUCCAUCUUAAGUCAUAAAUUCUUUUGUAAUAUGCGAUAUAAACGCUGAAUCGAAGUUUUCAAGUAGUAAUCUAUUAACAG